CUCUGGUCAUCUCAUGUACUAUGUCCGCAGUCUCUGGUCAUCUCAUGUACUAUGUCCAUCUGUCUCUGGUCAUCUCCUGUACUAUGUCCGCAGUCUCUGGUCAUCUCCUGUACUGUGUCCGCAGUCUCUGGUCAUCUCCUGUACUGUGUCCGCAGUCUCUGGUCAUCUCCUGUACUAUGUCCGCAGUCUCUGGUCAUCUCCUAUACUAUGUCCGCAGUCUCUGUCAUCUCCUGUACUGUGUCCGCAGUCUCUGGUCAUCCCCUGUACUAUGUCCGCAGUCUCUGGUCAUCUCCUGUACUAUGUCCGCAGUCUCUGGUCAUCUCAUGUACUAUGUCCGCAGUCUCUGGUCAUCUCAUGUACUAUGUCUGCAGUCUCUGGUCAUCUCCUG